GGUAAAUUUUAAUGCCAAAGUAAAUUUUAUUACGUCGACAGAAUAGGUCUGUAUAAGUCAACAUGAAAUAUGCAAGGAUGUUUCCAAACGAGAUUGAAGAAUAGCUUGCUUCGAUUCGUUGUUUUUCUGCUACCUACUGGAAAGCAAGAUCAGUCAAAUUUUUAGGCAACUUUGAAUAGGUCAAAUGUUGAUGUCAAAGGAAGCUAUAUAAAUAUAUAUGCGAAGAUAAGUCAAGCUUUCUAUUAUUUAUGUAUCUACUGUUUCACAGCUCUCCAAGAGCCAGGGAAUCGAAGACAACAAUUAAAACAACAAUCGCGAACAAUCGUGAACAUAACACCAGUAUUCAAUAAAUUUUUGUUCAAACCUGUAAUCUGGUCACCUUUGGUUGGCUGUGAGAAACAUACCUGCUUUCCCUGCACGUGCGGUAAAAUGACAUUUCUCUAAGCAACAAUUGCUUAAUAUUUUGUUUUCAUUCGAGUUGUGAGGUUUUAAUCAGAGCAAAAUAGAGUUAGUAAUUAAACAAAAUGGUUAAGGAAAAACCACAAAAAACGGAAAAAGUUAAGAAAAAUAAUUCUUUGCCAGAAAAGCCAUCUUCUAGUGCAGCAACGGGCGAAUCUGCCAUUUGGCAGGAUGAACGUUUUCAGCAUCUGGUCAGCGAUCCCCGUUUUCGUGGCAUACCUAAAGUGCAGCGAAAGGUGAAGAUCGACAAACGUUUCCAGAGCAUGUUUACUGAUGACAAAUUCAAAGUAAAAUAUACAGUUGACAAGUACGGGCGACGUGUUAAUAAAAGCAAUGCCGAAGAUUUACGUAAAUACUAUGAGCUUAACUCAUCUGAUACUGAAACAGAUGAAGAUGAACCCGAGAAGAAACCACCAGUUGCCAGCGAAGAUAAUGAUGAUGAGAUAGAUGAAGAAUUUGAGCGACGCAAGGAGGAAAAAGCCAUCAUACGUGAUGAUGACUCCGGAGAGAGUACACCAAGUGAUGAAGAAGCAGGUGAAAAUGAUGAGCUGGCAAGCGAUGCUGAGGAAAUACCAAAAACUUUGCGUGAACGCUUGUUGAAUCCAGAUAUUGAUUAUGCGCGCGGCGAGGGAAGACUGGUAACAGAUUCUUCAUCGGAUGACGAGUCUACCGAAGAAGAAGAUGAACUUGAAGCUAACAUAGAUCAUGUAUGGGGCGAAUUGGAUCAAGAAGCAGAAACUACGGAAGAAUCCACCAACAGAUUAGCUGUUUGCAAUAUGGAUUGGGAUCGCAUACGUGCAGUAGAUUUGAUGGUUUUGUUUAGUUCCUUUCUGCCGCCUGGUGGCAGUGUUUUGAGCAUUAAGAUUUAUCCAUCUGAAUAUGGAAAAGAACGCAUGCGUGAAGAAGACGUCCAUGGGCCAAUUGAGUUGGUAGGACUUGGGAAGGAGAUGAAUAGAAUGAAGCAAUCAGAUGCCGAAACAGACUCUGAUGAUGAUGAAUUAAUACAAGAACAGGAUAGUGAUGCUGAAGAAGGCGAUGAAUAUCAUAUGGAAAAAUUACGUCAGUAUCAAUUGAAUCGUUUACGAUAUUAUUAUGCUGUGGCCGUCUUUGACUCUAUAGCAACAGCGGAUAAGAUUUACAAAGAAUGUGACGGCAUUGAAUAUGAGAGCUCGGCAACGCGGGUCGAUUUGCGUUUUAUACCCGACGAUACCACCUUUGAUGAAGACGAACCCACUGAUAUAUGCACCGAAUUGCCGGAUGUGAACAGCUAUAAACCCAGGCAAUUUACAACAACUGCACUGCAGCAGGCGAAGGUCGAUCUGACUUGGGAUGAAACAGCUGUGGAGAGACAGGAAUUGGGUGAAAAACUGUCCAGCGGUAAAUUAAAUGAAAUAAGUGACCAGGAUUUACGCAAGAUGGUGGCAUACAGCAGUGAGGAAGAUGAAGACAGCAACGAUGAAGGCGAUGAGCAGCAAAACGAGGGAAAGGAGGGUGAGAAUCAAGAUAAAAGUAGCUCAGAGCAUUGUGUCGGAAAGCCCAAACGUAAAAAAGAUGAAAUAAUAAACAAAUAUAAAGCGUUAUUGGCAGAAAUCAAUGAAAAGGAACAGAAGAAAAAAAAUAACAAAUUUGAAAUGGAAAUAAGUUGGAAUGUGGAGGAGCAAAAGGAUGAUAAGGACAAGCAAGCUGAAGAAACUGAGAAUGAGAAAAAAUCACAACAUUUAACACCAAUCGAAAAGGUACUACAAAAACGCAAUGAACGCAAUAGACAACGUAAAGAUGAGCGUAAGAAAAAGAAAUUGCUAGGACGGGGCUUGGACCCCGACGCUGACACUGCCUCCGACUCCGAUAGCAUACCCGACGGCAUUGACAUGAACGACCCAUAUUUCGCUGAAGAAUUCGCUAACGGCGAUUACGUUGACCCAAAAGCGAAAAAGCGUGAUAAGCAAAAGAAACAGAAAAAUGGUUUGGAUAAGCAGCUGGCGGCUGAGGAAGGCGAGAAGCAAGCAAAAGAGUUGCAACUUUUGCUGGACGAUGAUGACCUAGAAGAGCAGGGCAAACAGCACUUUAGUUUAGAGAAAAUAUUGAAAUCUGAACAAGAAACAAAAUCCAAACGAAAGCGUCGCAAACAAUUGAAGAAAUCCAAAUCAGCAAUUGCCGAUGAAACCAAACCCGUUGAAGAUAACUUCCAGAUAAAUAUAAAUGACGAACGAUUUAAGGCCGUUUACACUUCGGCGAAAUUCAAUAUUGACCCUACCGACUCGCAUUUCAAGAAAACCAAGGCGAUGGAAAUGAUUAUACAAGAGAAAUUGAAGCGAAGGCAUGGUGAUGAUAGUGGGAAAAUUAAAAACGACGCUGACAUGCAGGACAUGGCAGCCAAAAGACCGAAGAAGCAAUUGGAGAACACACUGCUGGUGAAGAGUUUGAAGCGUAAAAUUCAAAUGAAGCAACAGAAAUGAUUUUUUAACUAGUUUUUGUCGAAAUUAGGGUAGAAAUUGUUGAUAUGUACAUAUACAUACAUAUAAAUACAUAUAUAUAUUAUAUAUAUCUGAAUGUUGACUAAAU